CGGAAGUCGAAUUGCCAAGAUGGAGGUGGACGGCAUUGAUCAUAUAAAGAGUACACCAAGCAAAAAUCGUGACAUAAUGGAAAUAGGGGACAGUAAAGGCGGCUCGGGCCUUCGACAGUACUACUUGUCUAAGAUAGAGGAGCUACAGCUGACAGUGAACGAUAAGAGUCAGAACCUCAGACGUCUGCAAGCACAGAGGAAUGAGCUCAACGCUAAAGUGCGUCUCCUUCGGGAGGAGUUGCAGUUACUACAGGAGCAAGGAUCGUAUGUGGGAGAAGUGGUCAGAGUCAUGGACAAAAAGAAAGUGCUGGUCAAGGUGCAUCCAGAAGGCAAAUUUGUUGUGGAUGUCGACAAGAACAUUGAUAUCAAUGAUGUGACUCCAAAUUGCCGUGUGGCCCUGCGUAACGACAGCUACACCCUGCACAAGAUCCUGCCCAACAAGGUGGACCCGCUGGUCUCCCUCAUGAUGGUGGAGAAGGUGCCGGACUCCACCUACGAGAUGAUCGGUGGCCUGGACAAGCAGAUCAAGGAGAUCAAAGAAGUGAUCGAGCUGCCCGUCAAGCAUCCAGAGCUGUUCGAAGCUUUGGGCAUUGCACAGCCAAAGGGUGUGCUCCUGUACGGACCGCCGGGCACAGGGAAGACCCUGCUGGCCAGAGCUGUGGCCCACCACACCGACUGCACCUUCAUCAGGGUGUCGGGCUCUGAGCUGGUCCAGAAGUUCAUUGGAGAGGGUGCCCGUAUGGUGCGUGAGCUGUUCGUCAUGGCGAGAGAGCACGCCCCCUCCAUCAUCUUCAUGGACGAGAUCGACUCCAUCGGCUCGUCCCGCCUGGAGGGCGGCUCAGGGGGCGACAGCGAGGUGCAGAGGACCAUGCUGGAGCUGCUCAAUCAGCUGGACGGGUUCGAGGCAACCAAGAACAUCAAGGUCAUCAUGGCCACAAACCGGAUCGACAUCUUAGACUCAGCUCUGCUCAGGCCCGGCCGGAUCGACAGGAAAAUUGAGUUCCCGCCUCCCAAUGAAGAGGCCCGUCUGGACAUCCUGAAGAUUCACUCCAGGAAGAUGAACCUAACGCGCGGCAUUAACCUGAGGAAGAUCGCAGAGCUCAUGCCCGGAGCCUCUGGGGCCGAGGUCAAGGGCGUUUGCACUGAGGCCGGGAUGUACGCUCUGAGAGAGAGGAGAGUCCACGUCACCCAGGAGGACUUCGAAAUGGCUGUGGCAAAGGUGAUGCAGAAGGACAGCGAGAAGAACAUGUCUAUCAAGAAGCUAUGGAAGUAAAAAGGCCUUGUGAAUUCCUGAACACAACACACCAACAUAUGUAUAUUUUCUUCUUUUGUUUAUGGUUUGUAAUUGUUACUUACGUCAUGGACAGUAAAUAAAUGAUUUUCCCCCAAGA